AUGCGGCCAGAGCAGCCGUCGCUGCCCGGUCAGAAGACGCACGGACCGCGCGGAGAGGCGCUGCUGAUUCGACCGUCUAGGCCCGGCCAGCCCAUCUCUCGAUCGCAGCCCAACAUGGACGUGAUCAGCGGGGAUCCGUGUCAAGGCAUGUCGUCGCUGGACUGCGCAGUGUCGCCAGAGUUCAUGCAGCUUUACUAUAGCACGACGGACGACAACAGCACGACGAGUAACUACAUGUCCGGCAGCGGCGAGUCGGACGAGGUUGACGAUCUACGCAAGCAGAUACACAGCAUGGAGCUGAUGUAUGGAGACCUGCUGAAGAGCUUAGGUGUAAAGAACGAGACAUUAGAUGCGGUAGAGAAGAAUGGCAAAGGAGGAAAAGGAGAGGACAAGAAAGUUCGCCGUGCCCAGUCUAUUGUGCUGCAGAGUCAGCGCUCACGUGACAUCAAGGCCGUCAACCGUCGCUUCUCGCGGCUGGAGUCACACGUCGUCACGCUGGCUCGCAGUGUCGCGCACCUGUCGUCGGAGAUGCGCUCGCAGAACCUAAUGUUCCAGGAGGUGGAGCACAUGAAGCGACAGAUCGACGAGCUGAGGGUGUCCCGCCUGCCCGGCCUCGCGCCGAGCCGCCACCAGGAGCUUGAGCGGUUCCGACAGAUUCUGCCGGGCCUCACCAACCCCUACCGCAUCACGAAGCUAUCGAAAUUCUUUGGAGAAAAGCCACCGCUUAUACAACUAUUUCUGAAGAAAUUAGGAUACGAGAGGUACAUCCCCAACUUUGAACGAGAGAAUAUAUCGAUGCUAGAACUACCCUAUCUCGACGAGCACCGGUUGGAGCGCAUGUCGAUACCGAUGGGGCCGCGUCUCCGCAUUCUACAAGAGGCACAGAAGGCCUUCCAGCACGAGAAUUUCCCCUCGCAGAUCUACAUCGUAUGAGAUGCCUGCCUCGGUAAACCACACGGUGGCGCCAUCGGGUGGCGGAUUACGCGAAAUUCUGUCUAUUUCGCGAUGCCAACGCGCGUUGUAGUUUUGCUCUCAGGACGUUUAUGUUCGACUUACUAAUAUGUUUAUGAUCGUGAAAACGGCGCGCGUUUAGGCUGUGAAGCAGUGCUAAUCUGGCAGAGUUAUUGCCUGCAAUAUCCACUAUUCAUAGUGACAUAAUGAUUGAAUACAGACAAGUCACUCGUGGUGACAUGAUCAUGAGAGUCAGGCAUAAUAAUAACUACAGUACAAGCACCUUACAAGUGAAGCAGUAAUGUGGAGCACUUCCUAGAAUUAGCAUCUUUAUGAGGUAAUUAAUAUAACAACGUUAUAAUUAUAUCUGAUAGCUAUAGUUGUGCAUUUCUAAUGGCAAAGAACGUUUUUCUACUUCAACUCAAACUGACAGAUAUCUAUGUCAAGUAGUUCAUACAAGACAGAAGCCGUGUACAUAAUGCUAUUUACAUGCCUAUAUGAAUACAAAGGGUUGUAUAUAUGUUCAUAUUAAUUAUAACCUGUACAUACCACUGUCACCACGUUAUGGUUCUAUGUGUUUUCAGCUGUUUCUAAUACAAACUGUUUGCAUGUAGCGUGUAAGGAAUUUUAUUAUUUAAUUUUGUUGUCGGGAGAUUUUGUACCUAUAUAUUUAAUGUAUUAAUAGGCACGUAGUCUUUUAUCUAUCUUCUAUGUAUAUUCUAUAUAUAUUCUACAUAUAUUCUAUAUAUUGCACAUUGAUUACUUAUAUUAUUAAACACGAAAUUCAUAUUAACCUAUUAAAAUGCGUCUGGAGUCUUUGCGUGAAAUAUUGUGGGUGCAUAUAAUUAUGUUCUUGUCUUUUCACUAUAAAUAAACAUUAUUUUAGUACAA